GGCACAUCGGGCUGGACUCCGGGCAGCGGCACAUCGGGCCGGACUCCGGGCAGAGGCACAUCGGGCCGGACUCCGGGCAGAGGCACAUCGGGCCGGACUCCGGGCAGAGGCACAUCGGGCCGGACUCCGGGCAGAGGCACAUCGAUCACCAGGACGAAGCAGCAGGCACCGGGCCACCAGGCGGGAGCAGCAGGCAGCGGGCCCCCAGGCGAAGCAGCGACAGGCACCGGGCCCCCAGGCGGAGCGACAGGUCUCGGGCCCCCAGGCGGAGCGGCGGGCAUCGGGCCCCCAGGUGGAGCGACAGGUCUCGGGCCCCCAGGCGGAGCGGCGGGCACUGGACCCCCAGGCGGAGCGACA